CCGAGCCCCAGCGCCCGCCGCGCCCCGGUGGGUCCUGAAUGCAAGAUUUUAGCAUGAAGUGUUGUUACAGCUUUCCUGAGCCUCCCCAGCUAACAACAGACCUCUCAGCCGCAGCUGUCCCCCCAGGAUGCCUCACAUUUGCCUGAAGCCAUCCCUCGAGAAUCCAGCUGCUGUUUUACUGGCGUGGUGCUAGGGGUUUUGUUUAGUGCAUUUAAGGACUGCUUGCUGCUGCUGCUGCUGCUUCUUAUUUAUUUUCUUUCUUUGAGCUGGCCGUGCCCUGUCUCUGGCACGAUGGCCCACUCCAAGGCCAACGGCUCGCACUAUGCACUGACGGCCAUCGGCCUGGGCAUGCUGGUCCUCGGGGUCAUCAUGGCCAUGUGGAACCUGGUACCCGGGUUCAGCACCACAGAAAAGCCCACUGCUCAGGGGAACAACAAGACUGACAUCGGCAGCGGCAUUCUCAAGAGCAAGACCUUCUCCGUGGCCUACGUCCUGGUGGGGGCCGGGGUCAUGCUGCUGCUGCUGUCCAUCUGCCUGAGCAUCCGGGACAAGAGGAAGCAGCAGCAGAGCGACGAGAUGGCGCACAUCCAGCGGCAGGCGGGGGCCGAGCCGCACCCCCAGGAGGACAGCCAGGAGGAGGUGGAGGAUGUCUCCACGCGGUACUACGUGCCCAGCUACGAGGAGGUGAUGAGCACUCACUCCUCAGAGCUGAGGGGCCGGGACCAGAACCCCAGGAUGAGCAUCUCGCUCCCAUCCUACGAGUCCUUGACCGGGCUGGACGAGAACACCCCCACGGCGCGCCCCGACGCCGAGACCAGCCGGGGCAGCGCUCCCGACAGGCAGAACUCCAAGCUGGCCAAGCGCCUGAAGCCGCUCAAAGUGCGGAGGAUUAAAUCUGAGAAGCUGCACCUCAAAGACUUUAGGAUCAACCUCCCGGACAAAAAUAUCCCUCCUCCCUCCAUCGAGCCCUUGACACCCCCGCCACAGUACGACGAGGUCCAGGACAAGGCCCCCGACUCGCGGCCCCCUGACUGAGCCUCCCUCCACAGAAUGUUCCCUCCUGCCGCUCACCCUCCGCACCCACAGGCCCCCCACGAAGCCACUGCGGCCACAGUUGAGAAGCGGAGGGGCAGGGGAGGCACACUGAGCGUGAGGGUGGGGCCGGGGUGAGGGUGCUGGGUUCUGAGCCCCUCGGUGUCCACAGAAUCCCACGCUGGAGAGAGAAGCCAGCCGCAGGGGGACCCCGGGGCUGUGGCCCCUUAGGGGUACAGAGGCACCAUCUUCCCCCUUGUCGUUCCUCAACCUAAGUGGUGGCCGCCACAGGCCUCCCUCCAGCUGGAAAAAGAAACCCAGGAACUGGUUGAGGCGUGGUUUGGUUUUGCUCCCCAGGACUGCUGUGCCUUUGCUUUAUCACCCCACCCCAGCUGUGGGCAGUGACCCCGCUCUGUGGGAAGCACGGGCCACGGUGUGGAUGCAGUGAGACUGGAGGCCCGAGGAACAGGGGAGGCAGCGGUUCUUUGGAGGCCCAAGGCUCACGUUGGCAACUAGUGUCCUGGCAACACGGGUGCACUUUGCUAGUCUCUCCCGGGUCAUGGUGGAAAAGGAAAGCUGUGUGAGACGUUCUGUUCCUUCUAAAAUGCCAUGCAACUGAGCUUUUUAUAAUAAAAUAUUUUAUAUGUCGUACACGUGGGUCCUGAGUCACUUUGGCACUGUCUGGCUGAGGGAGAAUGAUCAGCAGUAAUGGGGUGAUGAACACUCAGUGUCUGCCGGGCACUGUGCUAGGCACUUCACGGGCGUUACCCCACUCCAUCAGUGCCUGUGCUGCUCAUGGAGGCUCAGGUAAUAAAGUGCCCCAUGUCUGCCACACCAAUUGUAAGAGGCAGAGCUGGGAUUUGAACCCAGGCCUUUGGGCCCCAGGGCCUGAGUUCUUAAAUACUACCGUGCCACUCAAGGUGACUUCAACUGGGGACUCGGGUUUCCAUCCACUCAUAUGCCGAAGAAGAAGUCCUGGUGGGUUAGAUGGCAUCUCCGACAUCCCUCUCCUGAGAACUGGCCAGGAGGGUCUUCCCUGGUGGUGCAAGGGGUUAAGCACCGCAAUAUGAAGCAAUCCGCAGGCCUCUGCAGCACGAGUUCGAUUCCUGGCCGGCCAAGAAGCAACCCACAUGGUGCAGCAGACCUCUCCUGUCUCGCCCGCUGCUCCCCUCUGCAGUGUACUUCAGUCAAUCUGCCUGUUCUGCUCCCCACUCUGUCUCUGGUGAAUCCUCUCACCCCCUGCAUCUCUGGCCUGUACCUCAGCUCUUGUAUGCAUAAAUAAAUAAAUAAAUCUUUAAAAAAAAAAAACAACUGGCUGGAAGGGAACGGGGGGGUCCCCAGGACCAGCUGCUGGUGGUACUGGGUGGCAUGGAGAGGGCUGGGUGAUCCCAUGAGCCAGGACAGCAGUUCAGCUAAUGAGACAUGCCCAGGGGACCACAGACUGCUGGGCUGGGCCCAACGAGAAGAAGCCCAGUCUGGGCUCAGGGCUGGAGGGUGGAGUGAAAGGGGAGACAGACCUGACCCUGAGCUGCCUUCCUGCAGGGCCCGCGAGGAGCAGCCUGCUGGAGUCUGCCAGCAAGGAGCGUGGCUGCAAGUAAACUGGGGCCCCAGAUGUUUCCUGAAAAGCUCCCAUGGGCGCAAGGGCAGCAGUUGGGAAGGGAAUCACCUUGUCUGGGAUUGGUAGCAGUGGCUGAAGGUCUCACCUUUCGCUUUCCCAGUGCAAAUCCAACUACAGAGUAGGGAGCACAACGGCCUGGCGGCCCGGGGCCCAGUGGUCCCAGCCAGAGGUUCUCCAGGCAGUUCUUCCACGCCCUGGGCUUCUGUUACUCUUCGUGCUUCUUCCCAUGGGAGGUCUAGAAGGGACAGAGGGUAGAGAAGAAGGGGAAUAACAAAGUCCCAAAUGUUGCAAGGUUGCAACUUGUCGCUGAGAAAUGACUUUCUUAAAGGGCUCUCUCAACAUUUAUGUUAUAAUUAAUAAUAUGUUCAUAAAAUACCAUUGUAACAAUAAAAAAUAAAUAAAAGCGCUUUC